AUGGCUCUCGAUGACCCCGAUGAUAUAUGGGUGGCCAGCAACCCAUCGUUAUCGUUUGACGUCAACGAAGAUAUUUUCGCAGCAACAAUGAGUGACAUAACCUACAAUGGGGUUGCUAGCUCAGAUCCAUGGCAGAACAUGUCCAUAGGAAAUGAACCCAUCACUUCCCAAGUCCACCAAGGUAUAUCACAAGAUCUAGACAUCGAAGGGAUCUACCAACGUGGGGAACCGAACUUUAGCGGGCAACAUGGUGAAAUUACAUCACCUCCAUCUUCAACGAGAAUCCGACCUUUCCAUGAAUUCGAUGCCAUAUUCGCCGAUCAAGAAGAAAAGCCGUCACUCAUGGCAGAACGAUUGGAAAAUCGUCUCAUCGCCAUAGAGCGUCGCGUUGAAAAGUUGGAGAGUAAUCUAGAUGCGAUACUUCGCGCAAUGGAAGAUCUGGCGGGAAGAGUCACAACGCUGAACGGAAUUCUCCAAGAAGUGAUACGAAGGGAGAUAGAAGCCAUGAAAAUCUUGGGAUGUCCUAAUAACCAGCAAACAUCUACUUGA